GAGGCAGGCAUUCUGCACGUUGGACAACAGCGAAACAGGCAAGAGAGGAAUGGUGGCGUUACUUUAAUUUUGUUAGGAAUUUCUAGUUUUUUUAGACAACAGUUAGAUAUUCAGCUAAUUUUCCGUUUCUCGGACACGUUCGCGAGUCUCGGUUCUAUGCCACGUUCUCAUUAGUCCCUGCUGGCUCGAGAAAGUGCCUGGGAACAAAGCUCCGUAGCAAGUAUAACCUAACAAUUUCCUCGGCAGCUGUGUGUUUUAUCGUGAAUCGUGAGAAUGGCAAUGAACGAAGAUUUCAAUUUCGCCGAAUUGUGCAGGCUCUGCUCGCUGAAGAGCAAUCAUCAGCUACAGAUUUUCGACAAGGAAGGCGAACAAAGGCAGUUACUUUUCAAAAUACGUUCCUGCAUUCCUGCUGUGAUAACGAAAGAGGACGCGUUGCCGAAAAAUAUUUGCCAGAGAUGCGUGUACAAACUGGACAUGUUUUACGAGUUUCGGGUAAGCUGCAUGACGACGGACACAGUGUUAAAAAAUUACGCCGACAGUUUGAAGCACCUCGCCGCAUCGGUAAGCCAGGCAACUGACAAGGACAAGAUGUCUAAUGGUAGUCAGCAACAGCAACAGCGAUCGGCAUACGUAGAGGCGCAUGCAGUGGCUCAUGCUGCAGUUCAGCAACACAUGGCACAACAAGCUGCACAAGCGAGGCUGGCUGGUCCUGGUCCACCUGCGACACCUCAAACGCCUAAUCCAACUUUUACUUUACCUGACGAUGGUUUGGGAUAUGAUGAUGGUGUACGCGUACUUCGCUCUAUUGGGACAUGGUCUCCAGACUAUUCAGCAGCUAUGCGACCUGGCGGCGUGAUGCCUCCCUUUCCUAGUGCGAUGGAUCAGCAAUUUGGGAGCAGAGCUCCCACAGUGAAUCAGCCGUUAAGAACGACGAACAAUGUGUCGUCUCGUCCAGGAUUUGCGUCAAAGGCUACUAAUACGGGCGAACCGGCGACAAAGGCGUUCGCCUGUACCGUUUGCGGCAAAGGUCUCGCUCGUAAGGACAAGCUCGUCAUCCACAUGCGCAUUCAUACGGGGGAGAAGCCGUAUUCCUGCGAAGUUUGCGACCAAGCCAUCGAGGACAAAGAAACCGACAACGGGAACACCUUGCUUCCGGCGAAAAACCAAUCGGCGUCAUUGCGGAAACCGCACCGAUUCACUUCUGUGUCGCAGCAUUAUACCGCAGAGAUCGAUAACCGAUUCACUUUCCCCCGACUUGUUCGGUCUAAUCUUCUCACUUGGAAGCAUCGGCUCCGCCACAACACGCAGCGCCGUAUUUCCCAGGAUCCACAGCUCCUCCGCAGCCGUACGCGUCUGAAAGGCACUUUUGUCUGAUGUGUCGCACAGAUUUCACUGAUAAGGCUGAAUUCAUGUUCCACGUACGUUCCCAUUUCGAACCUCACACGCAGCAAACGCCACCGCAACAUUCGAGCGGUAAACAGGGAAGCGACCCUGCAACGGCCGAAUUGAUCGCGCGUGGACUGGUCGAUCCUUCGGGAUUAUGCAGCUAGAACUAUCCUUCUUGUCAUUACGCGUCAUCGAUUCGUGUCUUACCAUAGUACAAGUUCUCUACUCCAUUUCGACCAGAACUUUUACAUAGGAUUUCAUGCGUAUUGUGAUUGUAAUGAAUAUAUACUGAUUUAUUAGUGAGAGGUACACGGUAGUACAUUUCUGUAUAAAUAUCAACGAAUACAUACAAUACAGUCUACUGUUUGUUUUUCACAUUAUUAAAUAUAUAAACAGAACUAAAUGUAGCUUUUGAAAAUUGUUGAACGAUUCCUUUUGGACGUCACUACGUCGAUGGUUGAUCGCGAGUCAAUAAAAUGAAACUGCACCGCUUCCUGUAAAGAACAGAGAACAAUAUUUUUCACGUUGCGCAACAUAUCACCGAAAUAAAAGAUCUCAAGUAAUCAUAGAAGUACUACUGUGUAUCCCCGAUAUUAUACAGGAUAGGCCAUUUAAAUGGGAACAUCUAAAUAUCUAUGUUGUUUUUGGAGGUACAGGUAAACUUUGUUAAUAAAAGUUAUUCAGUACAGACGAAGAAAAAUAAGGAUAGUAUUUUUAUGUUCUUGUUGCCCUUGUCUUUCAUCCAUACAUUUCAUUUAAAAUUACAAUUAAAAUGUAUUGCCUAAAAUAAUAAUUUUUCGAUGUAUAUAGUACUUCUUUGUAGAGAAUAUUGAGCUGAAUUGUAGCAAUAUAUAAUUAAUUAAUUAAUUACGGGGGCUGCAAUAUGACAAUGAUUUUUUUAGAUAAAGAUUUUAAGAUCGUUUUCACUUUUUUAAACAGAAUGUUGUUUGAUCUAUUAAUUGUACAUUAACUCAUUAAUAUUAUUAACAUUAAUUGAUUAGCGUAAUAUUAAAUUUAAAAUUUAGUUUUAAUAUUGUUUUAAUAUUGAAUUUUAAUGUACCGAUUGAUAACCUUUAUUAAUAUAUUUAUAUCUCUAGAAACAACGAAGAUGUAAAUGUCUCAUCCUGUAUACGAUGAAUCGAGGCAUGUGUUAUAUUCGUCGGAUAUUUAGAUAUUGACGCGAUACUGAGAUACAGGAAAGAGAUUCUACUAUUGCGCCAAUAUUUAAGUAUUACUUAAAUAGUAUACGUUCCUAACAUAGCUAGCUUCCCGCUAUCUUUAGCCAUUAGCAAUAUCCGCUAUCCAAUGUACAAGUUUGUUCUCAAUGCUAUUAUGUUUUCUUUUCUACACGUUUCGUGACGAACGAUCUGUUUUACAUGUGUUUCACGAUCUG